ACUCCUCCCCCGAGUUCGAUGCGCUCGUCUCUCGGCUCUGCUCAGGUUUGUCAGUGCGGGCGAGAGCGCUGCUAAACAUGGCGUCGGACGGGAUGAUUUUAACCAACCACGACCACCAAAUCCGAGUUGGAAUAUUGACAGUGAGUGACAGCUGCUUCAGAAACCUUGCUGAGGACCGCAGUGGAGUCAACCUCAAAGAUCUUGUCCAUGACCCGUCCUUGCUUGGAGGCAUAAUCUCUGCAUACAAAAUAGUCCCUGAUGAAAUUGACGAGAUCAAGGAGACGCUGGUGGACUGGUGCGAUGAGAAGAAGCUUAACUUGAUCCUGACCACUGGUGGAACAGGGUUUGCACCCCGUGAUGUCACGCCUGAGGCCACCAGAGAGGUGAUCGAGCGUGAAGCUCCAGGGAUGGCUCUAGCAAUGCUCAUGGGCUCCCUAGAUGUCACGCCACUCGGCAUGCUGUCCAGACCUGUAUGUGGAAUCAGGGGCAAAACCCUCAUCAUUAAUUUACCUGGGAGCAAGAAGGGCUCACAGGAGUGCUUUCAGUUCAUUCUGCCUGCUCUGCCGCAUGCCAUAGACCUGCUGCGGGAUGCCAUAGUAAAGGUAAAGGAGGUACACGAUGCUCUAGAGGACCUGCCGUCCCCUCCACCGCCCCUCUCCCCUCCACACACCACCAGCCCCCACAAGCUGACAGAAGACAAGGGUGUGCAGUGUGAGGAAGAUGAUGAGGAGAAGAAGGACAGUGGCGUGGCGUCCACAGAGGACAGCGGCUCCUCUCACAUCACAGCAGCUGCUAUUGCUGCUAAGAGCAUGAAGUCUCAUCCCAGCCAUGCUGUUGUCAUUGCGAAAGGUGGACAGCCCUUGAGUGGCUUCAUCCCGUCCACCUCCAUUCCCUCCCAUUUCACCUGCUCCUGCAGCGAUACGAUACCAGAGUCCAUCAUUUCACGAGGUGUGCAGGUUUUGCCACGGGACACCGGCUCUCUCAGCACCACGCCCUCGGAGUCUCCUUGUGCUCAGCAGUCCCGCCUCUCCACUGCCUCCUGCCCCACCCCCAAAGCCCGGCUCACCUCCUGUUCAUCCACUUGUAGUGUCACAGAGGCUGUAUCAGGUGAGUUACUGUCCUGUGGCUUCCUCCAGGCCUCACGGAGAGAGUUCAGGGCUCACCUGGAUGAGGUCAUCACGCUCAAGUCAAGGUACUCUACCUUGGACCAGCUCCACUCUAGGCUGGAGGGGCUCAAAGAUGAUCGCAGGAACCAUAGGACCUUCGACUCGCGAGUGCAGUCACGAUGCAGCAGCAAGGAGAACAUCCUGAGAGCAAGUCACAGUGCAGUGGAUAUCACCAAAGUAGCUAGGAGACACCGCAUGUCCCCAUUUCCCCUCACUUCUAUGGACAAGGCCUUCAUCACUGUGCUGGAGAUGACUCCUGUCCUGGGUACAGAAAUCAUCAACUACAGAGAUGGAAUGGGUCGAGUUCUGGCUCAGGACGUCUAUGCCAAAGACAACCUGCCUCCUUUUCCUGCAUCAGUUAAAGAUGGCUACGCUGUUCGAGCUGCUGAUGGUCCUGGUGAUCGCUUCAUCAUUGGAGAGUCUCAGGCAGGGGAGCAGCCCACUCUCACAGUUAUGCCAGGCCAAGUGAUGAGGGUGACGACAGGUGCUCCUAUCCCAUGUGGUGCAGAUGCUGUAGUGCAAGUAGAAGACACAGAACUGCUACGAGAGUCUGAAGACGGUACAGAGGAGUUAGAGGUGAGGAUCCUGGUUCAGGCUCGUCCAGGACAGGAUAUCAGGCCUAUAGGACAUGAUAUCAAGCGUGGAGAGUGUGUUCUGGCUAAGGGCACUCACAUGGGUCCAUCUGAGAUCGGCCUCCUGGCCACUGUAGGAGUCACAGAGGUGGAGGUGCAGAAGUUCCCAGUUGUAGCAGUCAUGUCCACCGGCAAUGAGUUGUUAAACCCUGAGGAUGACCUUCACCCUGGCAAGAUCAGGGACAGUAACCGAUCCACACUGUUGGCCACCAUUCAGGAACAUGGCUAUCCCACCAUCAACCUCGGCAUCAUCGGAGACAACCCAGACGACCUGCUGAGCGCCCUGAACGAGGGCAUUAGUCGUGCUGACGUCAUCAUCACCUCCGGGGGCGUGUCCAUGGGUGAGAAGGACUAUCUGAAGCAAGUGCUUGAUAUAGACCUCCAUGCCCAGAUCCACUUCGGUCGAGUGUUUAUGAAGCCGGGUUUGCCUACUACGUUUGCCACAUUAGACACUGACGGUGCCAGAAAGCUGAUCUUCGCCCUUCCAGGUAAUUUCACCUACAGAGACACAGGGGCGACUCUUCUGGAGACUGUGCCCCUGAGUGACAGCGAGGCCAGCAGACUGCCCGUGUCUCCUCCCCCACGAGGAAGUAACCCAGUGUCAGCUGUUGUAACCUGUAACCUCUUUGUUAUCCCUGCAUUAAGAAAGAUGCAGGGGAUCCUGGACCCACGGCCCACCAUCAUCAAAGCCAGGCUGUCAUGUGAUGUAAAGUUGGAUCCACGUCCAGAAUAUCAUCGCUGUAUACUGACAUGGCACCAUCAGGAACCACUUCCCUGGGCACAGAGCACAGGAAACCAAAUGAGUAGUCGGCUAAUGAGCAUGCGCAGUGCCAACGGCCUUCUGAUGUUGCCUCCGAAAACAGAGCAAUACGUGGAGCUGCACAAGGGUGAAGUCGUGGAUGUCAUGGUCAUAGGACGGCUAUGAUGUCAUCUUAAGGGGACAGACCAAGUACAGAGCAAGAAAGUGGUGCAUGUCCACAUAUCAUUACUAUUCUGUAAUAUGCAACGGCACAGCUAGGUUUUAUUGAUUUGGGAGAAGUUGAUCCAGUAUAAUCAACAUUUCGAACGAAGACGAAUAUGUGAAAUUUCUGAAAAUACGACUUCGAAGACAUCAUAGUAUUUCAAAGACAGAAAACAUUAUACCUUUUAAAGUGAGAAUAUAUAUAUAUAU